AUGCGCCUUCUGCAACGCAACGAGGGUGGAGAGUUCAGUCUCACAGGAUUCGUUGAUGGGAACAUUCCGCCUUAUGCCAUCUUGUCCCAUGUGUGGGACGACGAAGAAGUCACACUUGAAGACAUAAUGAACGGCACAGGGAAAGACAAGAAAGGCUACAGGAAACUUAUAUUCUGUGCGAACCAGGCUGCCAAAGAUGGCCUUCGUUACUUCUGGAUAGAUGCCUGCUGUAUUGACCAGUCAAACAUGGCAGAUAAGGAGAAGUCAAUCUCUUCUAUGAGUGCUUGGUAUAGCAACGCUACUCAUUGCUACGUGUAUCUUUCCGACGUGGCGGCCGGCACUCAAUUGAAGCAAAGCAGAUUGUUCACACGAGGAUCGACGCUUCAAAAAGAAGUCAUUGCUCCUGCUUCAGUGAAGUUCUUCUCCAGAGAGGGCCAAUACAUUGGUGAUACAACUUCGUUGCGACAGAUAAUCGACGACAUG